AUGUCUACCUUUCAGAGAUCUCUCAAUGUGCUGCUAAGGACCGGCAAGUACGCCGCCCAGCGGCCGUCCGCCGUCAACCCAAUGCAGUAUGUCUUCUCUCACAACAGGAUGUCUGUCCGAGGAAUGGCUGCUGCUUUCGAGCGUAACAAGCCCCAUGUCAACAUUGGUACCAUUGGACAUGUUGAUCACGGAAAGACCACUUUGACCGCCGCUAUUACCAAGCGCCAGGCCGAGAAGGGAUUCGCCAACUUCCUUGACUACGGAUCCAUUGACAAGGCCCCCGAGGAGCGAAAGCGUGGUAUCACCAUCUCCUCCGCUCACAUCGAAUACCAGACCGAAAAAAGACACUAUGCUCACGUCGACUGUCCCGGUCACGCUGAUUACAUCAAAAACAUGAUUACUGGUGCUGCCAGCAUGGACGGAGCUGUUGUCGUUGUCGCAGCUUCUGACGGUCAAAUGCCUCAGACCAGAGAACAUUUGCUCCUUGCCCGCCAGGUCGGUGUCCAGAAGCUCGUCGUUUUCGUUAACAAGGUCGAUGCCGUUGAGGACCCAGAGAUGUUGGAGCUUGUCGAACUAGAAAUGCGUGAACUCCUCAGCCACUACGGUUUCGAGGGAGAGGAGACCCCCAUCAUCUUUGGCUCUGCUCUCUGUGCCCUCGAGUCCCGUCGACCUGAGCUGGGUGUCGAGAAGAUUGACGAGCUAUUGAACGCCGUCGACACCUGGAUCCCCACCCCAGAGCGCGCCACUGAUAAGCCUUUUCUCAUGUCCAUUGAGGAAGUGUUCUCUAUCUCUGGUCGUGGUACCGUUGUCUCCGGCCGUGUUGAGCGUGGUAUUCUCAAGAAGGAUUCCGACGUCGAAAUUGUUGGUGGUUCUACGACCCCUAUCAAGACCAAGGUCACCGAUAUCGAGACCUUCAAGAAGUCCUGCGACGAAUCUCGAGCUGGUGACAACUCCGGUCUCCUUCUCCGAGGUAUCAAGCGUGAAGACUUGAAGCGUGGCAUGGUUGUUGCUGCUCCCGGAUCUACCAAGGCUCACACCGACUUCAUGGUCUCCCUCUACGUCCUGACCGAGGCUGAGGGUGGUCGUUCCAACGGUUUCACCCACAAGUACCGCCCCCAAAUGUUCAUCCGUACUGCUGACGAAGCCGCAUCUUUCAGCUGGCCUGGAGAAGACCAAGACAAGAAGGCUAUGCCUGGUGACAACGUCGAGAUGAUUUGCAAGACCCUUCACCCCAUUGCUGCCGAGGCUGGCCAACGAUUCAACAUCCGUGAGGGUGGCAGAACCGUUGCCACGGGUUUGAUCACUCGUGUCCUCUAA